AUGUCCCGGACACCAUCACCACUGCCUGGUGCAGGGUGGACAGCACAAGGUCCAAAUGAUGGCAGCUCGACACCCAACGGCUUGUACACUGGAACAAAUCUCUACAGCAGUAAUGAGGAUCAGUGGGCAGCGGCAAAGGCCAGAAGUGCCCAAGUCAGAGGCUACCCAAGCAUACAAACCAAGAAUGAGGGCUUUUUCCAACGAUCCAGGCGGAAAAUCUCCUCGACACUCCCGAUUUUCAGUCCUUACACGCCAUUGUCGGCCAAUUGGAAAGACCCAGAGAAGUUGGGUCGGAGUAGGUGGUAUCCAAGAGGUGGCGGCACUUUGUCGAAGGUCAAAACAUUUGCUGGAAAUGUUCUGCGCAAGUUCAAAUUUCUGUUUAUAAUACUGUCCGUUGUGACUUUAACCACGGUCAUUAUGUCCCAGAUGAGUGUCAUGACUAGGAUCCGCGGCAAUUCUCAUCUCGGCGGCGGGAGCAAGUUUGUCAUCGUCCUGGGAGCAAAUGAAGGAGGUGGUGUGAUGGAGUGGAAAGGUCCUAGAGAAUGGGCGAUCGAGCGGGACAGCAUUAAGAACAAACAGAGAUACGCCGACCGAUGGGGAUACCAGCUUGAAGUCACAGACAUGAGUACCAAAAAGAGAUACGCACAUGAAUGGAGGGAGAGCUGGGAGAAAGUUGACCUCGUGCGAAAUGCCAUGGCUAGAUAUCCCAAGGCCGAAUGGUAUGACAGGUUCUGGUGGCUUGACUUGACCACCUUUAUUAUGGAGCCAUCGAUAUCGCUGCAGUCGCACAUCUUCAACGACCUGGCCAACACUGUCUACCGUGAUAUCAAUGUCUACAACCCACUCAACAUCACGCAUCCCCCCGAAACAAAAUUUCUUGAUCCUGUGGCACGAUCAGCCACAGGUGACAAUCAGACGUCCUCUAUCGACAUAAUCAUCCCCCAGGACUGCGGUGGGUUCAACCUGGGAUCUUUCUUUCUACGACGAUCACCCUUUACCGACCGUUUGCUGGACAUGUGGUGGGAUCCUGUUCUAUACGAACAGAAACACAUGGAGUGGGAACACAAGGAGCAAGACGCCCUGGAGCAUCUAUAUUCCUCCCAGCCUUAUAUGAGGACGCACUUUGCGUUCAUUGACCAACGAAAAAUCAAUUCCUUCCCUCCCGGAGCCUGUGCCGUUGAGCCAAAAGAGGGUCAGCCUGUCGAGGAGGGAAAGACAGUUUUGGACCCACGCUUUCAUUAUAAAGAGGAAGAUCGCGAUUUUCUGGUCAACAUGGCCGGCUGUGAAUGGGGUCGAGACUGCUGGGGUGAAAUGUACAUGUACCGAGAGCUCAGCAACAAGUUGAAUCGAUCUUUGUGGGAAAAGUUCAAGGACUCUUGCAGUGAGACGUGGGCAAGUGUUAAGAGAAAAGUGACCUGGAGCAAGAAAGGAUGA